AUGGCGCACAAGACCUCUGCGGUGGCCGAUGAGCCUAUUCAAGUACUCUUCGCCCUUCAAGACAAGUUUGACUUGUUGGACUUUGUAGGCACCCUUGAGGUCCUCGACUGGGCUCGCCACGAUAAAAACGAUGAAAAUACCAAAGCGUUCGAUUGCACAAUUGUUGCCGCUGAGCCUAAGGUCUUGUCACAACAAGGUGUUAUCAUUGGCGCCCAGAUCAACUUCAAGGAGGCCCAUGAACGCCUUGAUGACUUCGAUAUUCUCAUCGUGGUGGGCAGCGUCGAUAGCAGCGCUAUCCUGAAAGAGCACUCUGAACCUAUACCCAUCAUCGAGGCUUUUGCAGAACUUCAGAGGAAAGAUUAUACCCGAGAGCGCACCCUGAUGUCUGUCUGCACCGGAUCUCUCUUCCUAGCUGAGGCAGGCAUCUUGGCAGGCUUGUCUGCCACUACUCACACAGACUACUUGACCAAAUUCGAAAUUGUCUGCAGCAAUGCGGCACAGCGUGACCUGCAAGAGCGAACCGACGUCGUAGAAGACGCCCGAUAUGUCGUGAACAACCUUCGCUUUGACCUCGGAGACGAGGAUGAGAACCCCUAUAUCCGUCGCAAGUCGGACGCUGGAAGACGCCCCUCUGUGGCUCGAAAAGGAAGCGUGUCAUACAAGGGCUCGAAUGGACGCCGUGAGUCCAUUGCACGCCGAGCCGCGAUGCGUCUUGGGGGGCUUCGGGUCAUCACGGCGGGGGGAAUAUCUGCUGGCAUAGAUGCAGCUCUGUAUCUAGUCAGCAUUCUGGUAGAUGAAGAUACCGCGAACGAAGUCGCCCGGUUCAUGCAGCAUGAGUGGGUUAAAGGUACCGUUGUUGACGGUAUUGAUGUUUAG